CUCCCAGAACAAUCGUAGACUCCUCACGCUCGUCUUAUCAACAACCGCUGCCUUCUGGUCCAUACAAGAAAACCAUUCCUAGACGCCUCUCGCACUUAGGACUUGAGCUUUUAAAUCUGUCAAAAUGGUUAACAGGGCUCCAUCUAUCAACGGUGACACCGUAAAUGGCAGGACCGUGCAGAUUCAUAUCACCACGCAUGGAUCGGAUUGGUACUGGACGGUCACGGCCGUCAUGGUCGUCUCAACGAUGAUUAUCUUGGGUCUGGGCUUCACCAAGCCUCGCACGCAUCGCAUCUUCCAUUAUAUCACGGCCGCCAUUACCUUGGUAGCUGCCAUUGCUUACUUCACCAUGGCUUCUAAUCUGGGAUGGACCCCAAUUAAUGUUGAAUGGCGCCGUUCAGGUGAUGUGGCUGGAGUCAAUCGUCAAAUCUUCUAUGCUCGCUAUAUUGACUGGUUCAUCACCACUCCACUCUUGCUCUUUGACAUUCUGCUGACCGCUGGUCUGCCUUGGCCAACUCUUCUUUACACGGUUUUGAUGGACUGGAUCAUGGUGAUCUCUGGACUUAUCGGAGCUUUGGUACAGAGCACGUACAAAUGGGGCUACUAUGUCUUUGGUUGCGCCGCUCUCAUCCAAAUUGCGUGGACUGUCGUCUUCAUCGGUCGUAAGCAUGCGUAUGCUCUAGGCAGCGAUGUCCACAGAACGUACCUCAUCUGCGGCUGCUGGACCAUGUUCCUCUGGCUUUUAUAUCCUAUUUGCUGGGGUCUCUGCGAGGGAGGAAAUGUAAUAUCGCCUGAUUCGGAAGCCGUCUUCUACGGCAUUCUCGACAUUUUGGCCAAGCCGGUGUUCGGCGCUCUGUUGCUUUGGGGCCAUCGCAACAUUGAUCCCGGCCGGAUGGGCCUCACCAUUCGUGAUUACGAGGAAGGUGCUUCAACUGCGGCCCCGGGUGUCGCUGCGACGAGAUCCGGAGGACGGUUUUCUUUUGCUCACCGUGGGCACAAGGAGAAGGCCGCCGAGGGCACCAAUGGUGUUGGUCACACCAACGGUGUUAAUGAGCCCACUCCUGGCGCAACCACUGGUGCCAAUGGUACUACUGGCACCACUCAAACUCCGGAGCAAGCAGUCUAAUCAAAAUGAACCUUUAACUCUAGCUGGAGUUUCCUCGCCUGGUCCCUUUUGGCGAGCUUCGUGUAGAGGAGAAUGGUGUCAUUUUUCCUAAAAACUGACUGUGGUUCCCCCCUUUGUUUAAUUUCGUCGUCUCUUCGCUAUUAACAGGUGCAUAAUCCAACAUACCCUUUCUCUUUUCUGAUUGUCGACUGCUUUUUAUGCAAGGUUCUUCAUACCUUAAUGCACUAAUAUUAGUAAAGCCCGAAUGACGGGAUUGAAGAUGGAUGGCCCACGAUAGCACAUACUUUAUUAAUUUGUUCAUUCCUUCAUUCGAAGAUAUCUUCGAGAUAUUUCUUUACAUACAAAGAUAUCUAGUUAAUGAAUACCAACUCUGUAAUCCUAAG